CUUCCUUCUACACGCUUCAUUUCCAGUCAGCUAGCAGAUGUAAUUAUACAGUUCAGUGUGGAAGUAUAAAAACACUGUAUUUUUAAUGUUUGAUAUUAGCUAUGUACAAUAAAAUUCGCACAAUUCUACACCCCGAGGUCAACUUACGGUGAUCUUGUAUUGCUCUACAGUUGGCCGUAAAAAACAACUAUUGUAAACAUAAAAAUCAUAUAAAGCAUUGACGAUUUAUAUAUUUUGGGGACUAUGGAAAAAAGGACGACUAUAAUCAACUAUAUUUUGACUUGGUAGAAUUCUGCGUCAGCCUACCCCAAUCACCUAUUAAGUGUAACCCUAAACCAGGUGGAAACUACCUCCUUAGUUGGUCACGAGGAAAGGUUAUAGAGGCGCGCAGAUUCUUAUAAAGAGGUAGCUCCAUAACAAUAUUGUCAUUACCAUAUCCCGAUGGUUCCUGUCAUGAAGUUCUACGGUCUAGUUGCUGCGAUAGCUAUCGCAAUAACCCGCGUGGUUUUGGCGGGUGAUACAGAUAAAAUCCAAGUGCAUCGCCUUCCAGCCGCCGCACAUGAUGAUUAUGAAGCAGACAUGGUUAUCGUUGACGUUGAAGAAGUGUUAGAAUCAACUACAACAUUGACAACAACAAUUGAUAUCACGAAACUACAUGAAACUGUUGUAACAAAUGAUGUUAUCGAAGUGAAUACCGUCUUCCAUACCGCUUCUACUUCCACUCUUUUUACAGAUAUAUUUACAACAUACACAUGGGAUAACUGCUUCUCCACCACAACCCAUUGUUACACUGUCUACCAGACCAUUGCUGAAUCUGUAACGCCUAUUUUCAUCACAUACCCUGGCCAUACCAGGACAGUCACGCAGUCGCACUACUACUUCGCCACCGCAACAACCACGAUGUCCAAAUAUUGCCCAAUGCCGAUGUGGUAAGUGGACUGGAUCCUCAAAGUCCAACCUGCAUUGUCUUGAGAUUUAUCCUACAAUAAAUUCCUAUACCAGUACUCUUGUUUACACCCCUUAUUCAAUAUAGGUCUACAGUGCAGGGAAGGAAACAUUUAUGAGUAAAAAAAAUUUAUUACAUGGUAAAACACAGCCAACAAGCCAUAACAGAACAACAUACAUACAAUGAUGAAUAGCAUGAAAGCUUAAAAAAUGCCCCUUGAAAAUAUUAGGAUCU